GGGGCCAGCGUCGCCCCGCCCCGCCCCGUCCUGCCCCGCCCUGUUCGCGCGUCCGUUGUCUGGCCUCCGGUCACGUGAUAGCAGCGCAGGUGAGCGCCGCUUCCGGAGUCGGGCGCUUGGAUCGCGGCCGGCUCCGGCUUCCACUUGGUCGGUUGCGCGGGAGACUAUGGCGUCCUCCUCGGUGCCACCAGCCACGGUAUCGGCGGCGACAACAGGCCCCGGCCCAGGUUUCGGCUUCGCCUCCAAGACCAAGAAAAAGCAUUUCGUGCAGCAGAAGGUGAAGGUGUUCCGGGCGGCCGACCCGCUGGUGGGUGUGUUCCUGUGGGGCGUAGCCCACUCGAUCAAUGAGCUCAGCCAGGUGCCUCCCCCGGUGAUGCUGCUGCCAGAUGACUUUAAGGCCAGCUCCAAGAUCAAGGUUAACAAUCACCUUUUCCACAGGGAAAAUCUGCCCAGUCAUUUCAAGUUCAAGGAGUAUUGUCCCCAGGUCUUCAGGAACCUCCGUGAUCGAUUUGGCAUUGAUGACCAAGAUUACUUGGUGUCCCUUACCCGAAACCCCCCCAGCGAAAGUGAAGGCAGUGAUGGUCGCUUCCUUAUCUGCUACGAUCGGACUCUGGUCAUCAAAGAAGUAUCCAGUGAGGACAUUGCUGACAUGCAUAGCAACCUCUCCAACUAUCACCAGUACAUUGUGAAGUGCCAUGGCAACACGCUUCUGCCCCAGUUCCUGGGGAUGUACCGAGUCAGUGUGGACAAUGAAGACAGCUACAUGCUUGUGAUGCGCAAUAUGUUUAGCCACCGUCUUCCUGUGCACAGGAAGUAUGACCUCAAGGGUUCCCUAGUGUCCCGGGAAGCCAGCGAUAAGGAAAAGGUUAAAGAAUUGCCCACCCUUAAGGAUAUGGACUUUCUCAACAAGAACCAGAAAGUAUAUAUUGGUGAAGAUGAGAAGAAAAUAUUUCUGGAGAAGCUAAAGAGAGAUGUGGAGUUUCUAGUGCAGCUGAAGAUCAUGGACUACAGCCUUCUGCUAGGCAUCCACGACAUCAUUCGGGGCUCUGAACCAGAGGAGGAAGGGCCUGUGCGGGAGGAUGAGUCAGAGGUGGAUGGAGACUGCAGCCUGACUGGACCUCCUGCUCUGGUGGGCUCCUAUGGCACCUCCCCAGAGGGUAUCGGAGGCUACAUCCAUUCCCAUCGGCCCCUGGGCCCAGGAGAGUUUGAGUCCUUCAUUGAUGUCUACGCCAUCCGGAGUGCUGAAGGAGCCCCCCAGAAGGAGGUCUACUUCAUGGGCCUCAUUGAUAUCCUUACACAGUAUGAUGCCAAGAAGAAAGCAGCUCAUGCAGCCAAAACUGUCAAGCAUGGGGCUGGGGCAGAGAUCUCUACUGUCCAUCCAGAGCAGUAUGCUAAGCGAUUCCUGGAUUUUAUUACCAACAUCUUUGCCUAAGAGACUGCCUGGUUCUCUCUGAUGUUCAAGGUGGUGGGGUUCUGAGACGCUUGGGGGAAUUGUGGGGAUAUUCUAGCCACCACUUCUCUUCUUCCUUUGCUAAAUUCAGGCUGCAGGCUCCUUCCAUCCAGAUAACUCCAUCCUGUCGAGUAGGCUCUUUCUGACCCUCAGAAAUACAUUGUCCUUUUUCCCCUUUGCCCAUUUUUCUUCCCUCUCUCCCUCCCCACAAGAAGUCUGCUUGUAGUAUUAGAAUGUUAUUGUUGACUCUCUCCCAAGUGCCUUGAUCUUUGUAAUAUCUCCUGUUGUUUCUGUGAUAUAGGAGCUAGGGAAAGGGGGUUGUUUGCCAUCUUCAGGACCUGACUGGACAGAUGGACCUGGCUCGAGCAACUACUCUGGAUGCACUUUGCUGUGUGGGAUGAACUAAAAGUGUCUGAAUUUUGCUGAUAACUUUAUAAAACUCACUAUGGCAUGCUUCCCUCCUGAUAGGCCCUAGGAUGGAUGACAGUCAAGAUACUACAGAUGUGGGUGCAGGCAUGCACACACACGAUGGAAUAUGGCCAUUCCUACACAGAUAGGGUAGAGAGUGGGUCAGCAGCCUGGCACCUCACAGAGGUGGGACCUAAGAGGACUCGUGAUUAUGCAGAGAAUUGGAUUGGGUCUCUGUCAAAGAUUGAGUAAUCUCUUCCCUCACCUCAAUUCCAUCUCCACCCAUCUCUACAUCUGGGCACAGGAGCCCAGAGAUGGCCAAAAGCAUUCAAGCCUGGGGGAAGAUGUUUGACUAUUGCUGCUCUUCACCAGAACCUCACACCUCUCCUGGGACUGGAACCCUUCAGUGGGUGUGUGGUCAGUUUUGGAGGCUGGGAUGAUGGGCCAGGGUGUAAGAUUCAUUCUCCAUGUAAAGUUUCCUUUCAUCCUGCCUAGCCAUCCCCAAGGUUUAUUUCCAGAAGAAAGGAAUAUCUCUACUUGGAUCAAUUCUGGUCAUUUCAAGAGGAUGAAGGCCUCAAGUGUGGGAACUUCCCCUACUCCCUGGAUGUGUGUGCCUAGCACACUUCUUCUCCCAUCCCUUUUUCCAGUUGGAUUUGUUUUUCUGUUCUCUUCUGUCCUGUCUUAUACUGCAACUGUGUCUCCUAGGGGACAGAUGGCCUUCUUUGUCAUCUUCACUCUCCACCCCCAGAGAGGAGUCAGAGCCAUAACUCAAUCACUCAGCCCCUCCAAAGAUAGUUGAGUUGAUGUGUGAUAUUCUCAUAAUGUUGAGAACCCCGAUGAGAUACAUUGUCUUCCUCUCCCUACAAUGCCUCUGGGGCCAAGGCACCCAUUCUUCUUGCUAUUCUCCAUCCCCCUUGAGGCUUCCACUUUUUUUUUUUUUUUAAACAUAAAGAUGGGCACCAGCAACUGGCCUGUGGUGAUGCAAAGCUGCUUUGCUGUGUAUCUGGCUGGACUGAUCUGUCUCACAAGAAGCCAUGAGGCCAUAGGGAGAAGCUCCCUCUCCCCUUCAUCUUCUGCUCCAAAGGUGGUGGCAAGAGGAGUACCCAGUUAGGGGUUGGAGCCCCCAUAUAACAUCUUCCUGUCAGAAGACUGAUGGAUCUUUUUCAUUCCAACCAUCUCCCUUUCCCCCGAUGAAUGCAAUAAAACUCUGUGACACCAGCAACCAUUGUUCUUUAGAAAUAGGUUUUCUGAUCACAUGGCUGAUGUGUUAUGGGCAAUAUGGAUGUCUUCAUUUGUUGCUUCUGUUUUUCAUCCUUUUUGUUUUAUUAAUAAAAAUUUAUGUAUUUGCUCCCAUUACUAUCAUAAUACAGGGAAUAAAUUAUUCAAUCCAAA